AUGAUGAUGAUGAUGAUGAUCAGAGUUACAUUGAUGGUGGCUUUGAUUAUUAUUCCUUUUUUUUGUUCACUCAUCUCCCCCCAACCAAUCCUUGCAGGGAACCAACAACCAACUUCACACCCUGAUGAUGAUGAUGAUUUGUGUGCUGCUAAACAGUGCUGGCCUGAUGGGCCUGCAGUAAGAUUUCCGUGGUUCCUCCAAGGGAUGCAACCUGAAUCCUGUGGGUUUAAUUCAAGCUAUAAGCUUCAUUGCGACCACUUGAACCGCACUAUUCUACAGCUGUCUCCCUCAUCUAUACAAGUUUCAGUCCGCGAUAUAGACUAUUCCAGUCCCGAAAUGUUUGUCCAGCUUCUCCAGACUUGCUUGGUGAAGCAGCUAUUAGAUCGUAAUUUAUCCACCCUCGACUUCCAGAAUCGCACCCAACAAAACAUCUUUGGUGAACUUAACUUCACUUUCACUCUACUCAAUUGCUCAAGUCAUCAUUUUGGCUUGUUCCCCGUUCCUUGUCUUGGAAAUGAAAGAUAUGGAAUUUAUGCAGUAGGAACAGAUGAGAUAAUCAUAGGUGACCCAGUAGGAAGAGAUGAUAGAUUAUGGGAAUCCUGCACAAAGAUGAACCAUACCAUCACCAGCUCCGUUCCACUGGAUAUACUUUCCGAAGGGGAAGGACACUUGUACUGGCCUACUUUUCCACCAUGCGAAAGCUGUGAGGCACGAGGUGGAAUCUGCAGAUGGGUUAACAGAACUGCCAAUCUAAUCGGCUGCCGUGUACUGGAAGGAAACAGGGUCAAACGUCACUCUGAGAUAUUGAAGAUACUACAAAUUUCAGGUACUAUCAUUGGAUGUCUGGUUCUCAUUAUCCUUAUUUUGGGUGCGAGUUACCUUGCUUACUCCACGGUAAAACUAGACAGGGAAAAUCGGAUCAGGUUAAAGAAAUUCUUGGAAGACUAUGUAGCCAUGAAACCUACACGAUACUCGUAUGCUGAGAUCAAGAAAAUUACAAACGAAUUCAAGGUUAAAUUAGGUGGAGGAGGUUAUGGAAAUGUCUACAAAGGACAGGUCGGGAAAGAUGUAUUCGUUGCUGUGAAGCUCCUGCAUAAUUCCUCUGAAAACGGGGAGGAAUUCAUUAACGAGGUUGGAACAAUGGGGACAAUCCACCAUGUGAAUGUUGUUCGUUUGUUAGGCUUCUGUGCUGAUGGAUACAAAAGAGCUCUUGUCUACGAAUUCCUACCUAAUGGUUCUCUGGAUAAGUUCAUAUUUCCAAAUUGUCAACCACAACAAACACUCGGGAUGCAAAGGUUGCAACACAUUGCCAUCGGCAUCGCCCGUGGAAUCGAGUACCUUCACCAAGGAUGUGAGCAGAGGAUCCUCCAUUUCGACAUCAAACCACACAACAUUCUGUUAGAUCAUAACUACAAUCCCAAGAUAUCCGAUUUCGGGCUAGCCAAGCUGUGUGACAAAGGAAGAAGCCAUGUCUCCAUGACUGCAGCAAGAGGAACAAUGGGGUACAUCGCUCCUGAAGUAUUCUCCAGGCAUUUGGGCGCCAAUGUAUCUUACAAAUCUGAUAUCUACAGUUUCGGGAAGCUGUUGCUUGAGAUGGUGGGGCAACGAAAGAAUGUCGACGCCAAUGUGAAGAAUCUAAGCCAAGCUAAUUUUCCGGAAUGGGUUUACAAACGUUUGGUCAAUGGUGAAGAGUUUGGAAUGAUUCAAGACGUGGAAGACGGGCCGGAGAUGAAUCAAAUCGCAAGAAAAUUAGCAAAAGUAGGACUUUGGUGCAUCCAGUGGAGCCCGGUUGACCGACCUUCUAUAUCAACUGUGCUCCAAUUGCUUGAAGGAAGUGGCGAGACUUUGAGUCUUCCACCCAAUCCGUUUACUACGUCUUCUUCGGGCAAUGCAAUAAAUCCAGCUGACCCAAGUGAGCAUGGAAUGCCAACAUUGGCAGCAAUUUCGGAAUUGGAAUGA